AUGGCACCCUCAAUAUCUCAUCCUUUACCUGACCAUCCCGAGUUUUCUGUAAUCAAAUAUGCAGGUUGUCGGGAGUACCGAGUACGGAACCGACGCGUCCUCGCAACUUUGGCUCAACUGCUUCCACAUGUCUACUCUUACCCUCUCAUCGUCAUCAUCCUCCUUUUCUUAGCCAAACAAACCUUCCUGACAAUUCUUUAUGAAUCUGUUAUUUUGUUGCCCCCACACGGAAUCCAACUUGAGACACAUCGAGGGUUUCCGGGAUUGGGGUCGCUCUUUUCGAGCAAACACUUUAUUUCUUCAACCACGCUUGAAGAUAUUAUUAUCAACGAAGGUCUCAGUGGAUGGAAUGUGCUUUACUAUCUAGCCAUGGUGAAGAAGACCAUGUCUUCAGGGUCAGGGAUGGACGUUGCUUUCCAGGUGCGAGUACUUCCCUCUGUACCCUUGACAUUGUUAACACUAGCUUAG